AUGAAUUAUCCUGGUCAGAUUGGAAUUGGAUAUUCACUAGUGCUCGACUGCCACACUUCCCAUAUUGUUGUAAAGUUUGUUGAGAUCUUGACCAACAUUGACAGGUGCUCAGGUAAGGAAUUGGAGAAGGAGGCGAAAUUCUUGAAGAAUGGUGAUGCUGGUAUGGUUAAGAUGAUUCCCACCAAGCUUAUGGUUGUUGAGACCUUUGCUGAGUACCCAACAUUGGGUCGUUUUGCCGUGAGAGACAUGAGGUAA